CCUGUAUCCAGCAAACAUCCGCGACACAAUGACAGGCGAGUAUACAUGCGGCCGCUGUCUCCAGGUACUUCAGCAGGGAGUCAGAGCUCGUGGCUCUGGGAUUCGGUCCCAACGCUUCUUCAGUUCGAAAAGGGGAUGUAACUCUUCAGUUGUUCGCUGCCGCAAUGAUCAUUUACUGCUGAAGAGGUUACCAGAGCACCCUAGGCAGGCGUCAUCCUCGGCACCAAGUCCCCAGGUUGCGUCACGUAAUGCUCAAUCCUUCAUCCGGACAGCGCCGUCAGAUCCCUCAGCUGAGACUCGGGUUCUGCUCAAACCAAACAAUUUAUUCCAUCCCUUCACCAAAUCCCCUUCGCCGGACAUUCGGAGUCGCGCUGCAUUCAUACGGCAAAACGCAUUUUGUCCUCAUCCCAGCCAUCAACAAACUCGCAUCCCUGUUUCGCCCCAUGACCCGGAAUCGAAGAAGGGCCAGGGUGCCUCGGACCUUCCACCAGCUCAUGCCCACUUUGAAUGUCCCGACUGUGGUAUCCCCGUUUACUGCUCCGAAGAUCAUUGGAUGGAUGACUUCGAGUCGCAUCUGGAGGUUUGCGAGACCCUGAGACAGAUUAAUGAAGACGACCACGAUCUUCACUCAGGACGCUUUUUCCCAGAAUUCUCAUACCCUGGCCCGCAGGAUGAGAAUUGUGUCAUCAACAUGACUAACUGGGACACUUUCCUUUACACGCGGGAAUUCGAUGCGAUCAAUAGUGACAGGAGUAUGAGACAGGUUACUAGGAUGCUCACUUAUCCUCUUACCAUUGGAAGCGUAUUACACGAAUUGAGCCCUUACAGCCUUCGAAAGGGGGGAAGAUUCACGGCAGAAGGCCUCAAGAGCGUGAGCGCUCUUCGGUAUACCUUGCAUCCCCCCAAGACUGGAGAGGGAGUUGACAUUCAAGGGUUACGUCUCAAAGCUCCUCCUGUUCGUUUGUUUAUACUCGGCGCUCGCGCUGAAUCUUCCCUUCCCCGCCAAGUCUGGCUUCAGCUUUCUUACAUGUUUCCGCGAUCCUUAAUGCACAUAAUUUUCAUCGGACCGGAAAGUAUGGCCAAUCGGGAUGACGAAUUCCCUCUUCCUGAACGGAUACCAGAGAACCCGUUCGGGGGAAUAGUAGAAGAUCGACUCGGUGGACAGUUGAAAAUCACGACCUAUGUUGACUACUUCCAUACCAUGUAUCAAGCUCAAUACUUCCAACCAUUCGACCCCUACUUUGAUUGCUUUGUACUCUUCCACCCUGGCCUUGGCCACCCCGCCAGCUCACACGAAUGGGAAGAGACACUCCCACAGCUCCUGGAGACGAAAGUACCAAUAAUUUGCACCGGGUAUACGCAAUGGGAUAUGGAAAGAGAUAUCAAAUGGGUCAAUGACAAGUGUGCUGGAGAGUUUGAUAUGCUACUGGAACCGGGCGAGAAUAUCUUCCGCAGUCUGCGCUGGGACCUCAACGAUCUAGAUCCUCAUGACAUAUCCUGUGGAAACUGGGGUCUGUGGGCUUUCAGAGGAAAAAGAUACGAAGCUUUAUACAAAGGAUCUUAGAGUGUGCUUUUCUUUUGACCUUUCUACGCGGAUUAUACCAAUGGGCUUUUUGGUCAUCGGGACAGGGAAAUACUACCAUUCCUUGUCUAUAUGUCUUAAAUACUUGACGUUUGAAUCUUGUCACAUAUGUUGUCAUUAUGUACUUGUAUUAAAGACUAUUAAAGGCCUCAUCUAACAAUGGAAAUCGGCCGCUCUAAAUCGACAUGUGCG